UAAUAAUAAUAAUAAAUAUUCACGCACAACAAAAUAAACUUUGAACAGAUAGCAUCAUCAUUGUUCAUCAUAACCCGCAUCAUCUGAAUUCCAAGGGUCAAAUUAUUAGUCUAUGGUUCGUCAAAGUUUGACUUUUUUCUGAAGCUUCUUUUCCCGUGGGGACAUUAUCGUGUUCCGUGAGUUGGAGAGGUUUUUUCACCUUUUAGGUUUUAAAUUUUGAUAUCAUUUUGGGAAUCAACUCAAUUGAGGAAUUUUUGUUGAAGAAGGGGUGUGUGUAUGUGCGGUGUGGUGCUGGCAUAGAAUGCUGAAUUUGGAUUCUCAUUUGCCCAAUUCCAAUGCCAGAGGCAAGCAGAGUUGAUUCUUUUUGUUUGUCCGACUUUGAUCAAUCAAUUGGAAAUCACUUGGAGAAUGCUGUCGAAUUGAAUGGAAAUCCUGUAAAUAGGUCGCUGAAAGUAAGUAGCCAGACAAUUUCUCCUGGUCCUGUUCACCUUGGCACUUCUGAUAGGUUGCCAAUUUCAGUUGAUAGAAGCUCAUUUAUGUACCUAGAAGACCGACUGAGCUUGCUGGCACAAAAGGUACAAUCAACAAAUCACAUUAUAAUACCAAGUGGUGAUACAGAAAACCAGGAAGAGUCUGCCAUGGCUGAUGCCAGUCCUAGAACUGAUAUUUCUACAGAUGCCGAUACCGAUGAUAAGAAUCAGCGGUUUGAUGGAAGUCAAUCCCUUGCUGCUGUGGCUUCAGACUCAAGUGACAGAUCAAAGGAUAAAACAGAUCAGAAGACUCUCCGCAGGCUUGCUCAGAAUCGUGAGGCUGCAAGGAAAAGCCGAUUGCGAAAGAAAGCUUAUGUUCAACAAUUGGAAAGUAGUCGUUUGAAGUUGACGCAAUUGGAACAAGAGCUUCAGCGAGCCAGGCAGCAGGGAAUCUUCAUAUCAAGUUCAGGUGAUCAAGCACAUUCAAUGAGCGGCAAUGGGGCCAUGCAAUUCGAUGUCGAAUAUGCAAGGUGGCUGGAAGAGCAGAAUCGACAAAUUAAUGAGCUUAGAGCUGCUGUAAAUUCUCAUGCAAGUGAUACAGAACUUCGAAUGAUUAUUGAUGGUAUAUUGGCGCAUUAUGAUGAGAUAUUUCGGCUGAAGGGCGUUGCAGCUAAGGCUGAUGUCUUCCACCUGUUGUCUGGCAUGUGGAAAACCCCAGCUGAGAGGUGUUUUUUGUGGCUCGGUGGCUUUCGGUCAUCUGAACUCCUUAAGCUCCUGGUAAAUCAGUUGGAGCCUCUCACUGAGCAGCAGUUGGUAGGUAUUACCAACUUACAACAGUCUUCUCAACAGGCAGAAGAUGCAUUGUCUCAGGGCAUGGAAGCACUGCAACAAUCUCUUGCAGAGACUUUGUCCUCUGGAUCACUUGGCUCAUCCGGUUCAUCAGGGAAUGUCGCAAAUUACAUGGGUCAAAUGGCCAUGGCCAUGGGUAAGCUAGGGACACUGGAGGGGUUUAUUCGGCAGGCUGACAAUUUGCGCCAGCAGACAUUGCAACAAAUGCACCGCAUAUUGACUACUCGCCAAUCGGCUCGUGCUCUCCUUGCAAUACAUGACUAUUUUUCAAGGCUGCGCGCUCUUAGUUCCCUCUGGCUCGCCCGCCCAAGAGACUAAUAAUGUGGGUGGUAAAUACUAAAUAGUAUGUAAACUAAACUUUCUUGGUUCUGGCACCAUUUCUACUUGGUCACCAUAGGUUUGAACUAUUAACAAUUUUCUUGUGUUGUAGUUUUCAUGUUACUGAUGUUAGUGUUUGACUGAAUCACCCCAUUAUUUAGAAACUGAAUUGGUGACAAGUAGUAUGUAUUUUGUUCACUACUAAUAAUGUUUGUACAUUAUAAUAGCAGCUGUAAGGGGCUCAUGGUUGUUCAUAGUUCAUACCCCCCAAAAAGGAAAAUGUUGGGCUGGAUAAAUUUGAAUGUUUGGCUCUGUUGCUGCACUUUUCUGUCUUUCUGUAUUUGUGAUUUUGUACAUCUUUGUGGAUCUUAAGAAAAUGGUCUUCACUCCUAAUUUAAUAAAUUCUUUAAUUCUUAA